AUGUUGAUAUUACUGAUUAGAAUUGCUUUGGUGGCACUAGUCUGUUUGUUAUGUUUAAAAUUCGGUAUUGCUUCACCUUCAUACUUGAUCGCUCCAUCAGUAUUUAUUAUAGCUCUUGAUUUGUUCUAUCACGUUAAUCAAGAAAGAGACGAAACAAGACAUGAUGAAGAUGAAAUAGAAAAUGAAUCAGUUGAUGAUGAUAAACUUAUUCAACAAGUUAUUACACAAGAAGAAUCUCAUCAACCUGAAACUAAUGUUGAAAAUAGUUUAGACGCCAGUUUACCAACAGAAACUAGUGACCAUCCAUUGGAGGACUUUGAAGAGCCACCUGUCAAUGUGUCAGAUACAAAUAAUGAAGAUAUAAAAGGUAAAGAAGAAAUUGUUUCGUCAAUUUCGUUGUUGGAUCUGCAAGAUGAGCCUUUACAGAUUGUUGAGCAAAUAACAGUCACACCAUUAAAUCAUGAUGUUUCUUCUGAAGAAGAAUCUAAAGAAUUGCCAUUCACCAUUUCAAAGAAACUAAAAACUUCUAUUGAAUAUUUAGAAGAGGAAGAACUUCAAAAGAUUGAAGCCAAUGCUGAACACUUUGAAAAAGUUGACAUUCUUUUGAAAACUGAUCUGAAUUUCAUUGAAAGAGCUGUAAAUGUUAAUUGUAAUGUUUUAAAGUUGCUGAAGGAAGAUGAACUUUUAACUGUUUUAGAAAGAUAUGAAUACUUGUUUGCGCAACUUGACAACAUAUACCAGAAGAAUGUAGAAUUUGUAAAGAAAGUGCUGGAAAGAAAUCGCCAAGUUUACUUGUACUUAACAGAUGUUGAUACUAUUGCACUAUUGUUAGAGGAAGAAAUUAUUUCUGGAAGAUCUUUGGAUGAUUUUGUCAUAAGCUCCAACUUGCUAAAACGUGUCAUUCUCAAGUUGACAAAAGAUCCAAAAUUUUACAUUGAUCACAGAAAUGAAAUAUUAUCUCUACUGGGUGGUGAUCCGUGGUUACAUAGAUGUUUUUUCCCAUUCAUUAGUGAUGAUAAGGAAAUUGUCAUUGAAGCAGUAAGGGAGGAUGGUUUCAAUUUACAAUAUGCUUCUGAUCGAUUGAGAGGUGACAGAGAUGUUAUUAUAGUAGCACUAAGGAACAAUCGUUUAGCAAGAAAUUUCAUAAGAAGGGAUUUCUAUGAAAAGUAUGGAGAACCUUGCUUUUAA